ACCACCAUGGCAGGAAGCCACUCAUAUUGUGGCCGAUGUUUGGAUAUGGCCUUUUGUAUGUAAUAUACGCUUUUCUGUCUGUGGUACCUGAUCUGAAUCCAAUAUACUUCCUGGUUGCCAGUAUUCCUGUGGCUCUCAGUGGGGGACUGAUAACCAUCAUCUCAGGGAUUUAUGCCUACAUCAGUGACACCACUACUGUUGAGAAGAGAGCUUUCAGGAUGGGAUUGCUAGAUGCCAGCUUGUUUGGUGGGUUAGUAGUAGGGGCCUAUCUCAGUGCCCCAUUGUUUUUCAUAGCGGGGCAGUACGGGUAUCUUACUGUGUUUGCAACAAGUGCCACAUUUUACCUGCUGGGCUACUUGUGUGUGAUAUUCAUACCGGAGUCUGUACACGUAAGUCAUGUAGGAAGCUCCAGUAGAGGGUUAUGCAGCCUGUUUGAUAAGCAGUUAGUCAUUAGGAUGAUUACCACCUGCUGCAAGAGAAGAGAACACUAUGGACGAGCCAUUAUCUUCCUUGUCAUCAUAGCUGUGUCCACAUGUGUCAUUACCAUGGAAGGUGACAGUGCUGUGUCAUUUCUUUAUACAAGAGACAAAUUUGGUUGGGAUAUCAGAACAUUUACACAGUUUGGUAGUCUUUCAACACUGAUUUCAGUAUUUGGAACUGUAGCUGGUAUGUAUAUCUUCAGUGUAUGGCUCAGAAUCCCAGACAGCAUGUUUGCGUCAUGUGUGUUCCUUACAAAGUGUGGUCAAACACUCAUCUGUGGCUUGGCCCCAAAGGAUUGGUACUUGUAUGUUGGUUGUGCUGUUGGUAUUCUUGGGGGUGUUUCUGGUUCACUCUGCCGUUCAAUUAUCUCAAAAACUGUGCCAUUAGAGGACAUAGGUACAGUGUUUGCAUUGACUUCAGUGGUAGAGGCACUGACACCAAUUGCUGCUUCUCCUCUCUACACAUUUGUCUACAAUGCAACUCUGCUGACAUUUUCUGGGGCAUUUUAUAUUCUGUCUUCUGCAAUAAAUUUUCUGGAUGUUAUACUGUUGAGCUGUGUGGUAGUGCUGCAGCGUGCUUCUCCAGUACAUCCGUACUCUCGUAUACAAGUGCCAGAAUGAAUUACCAUUAGUGCAGCAGCAGGUAACCUUACACUUCUAUUCAGCUGAUUCUGAACUUGAUUUCUGUAAACAAACAAUCAUACCUUAUAUGGUAAUGAGAGUUGAUAUGUACGAGGGUCGCUCAUUAAGUAAUGCCCCACAUUUUUUUCCUCAGAACAUAUUUAUUCAAGAUGGCUCAAAUUUAGUGACAAUAUAAAUCAAUGUUUCCUUUA